AUGGGUUUUGUUAAACAAGGGGGGAGAGAGAAGAAGGGUUCUUGGGGAAUAAAGCUCGAGUCUUUGUGGGCUUGGGAGAGAAGAAGCUCAGAUAAAAAGAUAUACAUGGAAUUUGGAAAGCAGAAGGGCCAUUUCAAUUUUCGAGCUCAACUUUUUUCAUGCAAAAGUGCCUCGACUAUUUCAAUAAUCCUGAAAAUUUUUCAUAAAGCCAAGUCACACUCACAAGUUAUUGUCCCAAAAGUAGACCCAACUUCAGAUCCUACGGUUCCCAUUCCAUCCACGAGUGCAGCCGUUAGGAUCAUGCCACGUGUGGCGUGGUUUCACGUGCUCAGGAUGAAUGAUAGUGUAAUGAUGGUAGGCCCUCCAAGAGUGAACUCCAGAUUAGGCUUCUCUUUCGAGCUUGAUCUUGAUAGACUCGACGAUGGGCUCAAAGCUUAUGAUUGA